CAUAGCUAAAAACGAAGUACAGUGCAACGCCAUAUUUCACUAAUACAUCAUAAAUCGUUGAAAGUACCCGCGUUAUAACGACCAGGAGGAAUCCAACAAAUCAAGCGCCCCUUAGUCCUCCGCGGCGCGCCGGCAACUCUCUAAAACAACCUCAAUGAGCUCUUACUUUGUGAACUCCUUCUCGGGGCGCUACCCAAAUGGCCCCGACUAUCAGCUGCUAAAUUAUGGAGCCGGCAGCGGCGCGAUGAGCGGCGGGACGUUCAGGGACUCUGCCUCCGCCAACAUGCACCACGCGACGGGCUCGUACGGCUACAGCUACAAUGGCAUGGACCUGACCGUCAGCAACCGGGGAGGGGGGAGCGGCGGCGGCGAAGGACAUUUCGGGGGCGGCUCGGUCGUCGGGGACUCCCGGGGCUUCGGCUCCCCGGACACGGACUUUCGACAGACGUCCAGCUGCUCCCUCGCGUCCGCGGCGGAUUCCCUGUUGUCACCGGGCGGCGGCGGGGACGCCAAGCUGGGCGCCCGGAGCUCGUCGCCCCGCUCGGAGCAACCAGGAAGCGGCAACCUCGGCUCUCCAAACCUGUCCUCCGCCUCCUCCUCCAGCGGCGGCGGCGUCGGCGGCGGGAGCUCGGUGCACCGUUUCACGGAGCUGGACGACGCGUCGCCGGACACCGAGGAGCUGCAGCACAACAACCCGCCGCCCCGGACCGGGCAGCAUCCGCAUCGCGCGCAGAGGCAGGAGGGCGGCCCGGCGGGAGCCGCCGCCGCUGGCGGCACGACGGGCGGCGACGCGCAGCCGCCGCAGAUCUUCCCCUGGAUGAGAAAGCUGCACAUUAACCAUGAUAUGACAGGUCCGGACGGGAAGCGCGCGCGCACGGCGUACACGCGCUACCAGACCCUGGAGCUGGAGAAGGAGUUCCACUUCAACCGGUACCUCACGCGGCGGCGGCGGAUCGAGAUCGCGCACGCGCUCUGCCUCACGGAGCGGCAGAUCAAGAUCUGGUUCCAGAACCGGAGGAUGAAGUGGAAGAAGGACAACAAGCUGAAGAGCAUGAGCCUGGCCACCGGCGGCGGCAGCGCCUUCCAGCCGUGAACACACUGAAUAUGUCAAGAAAAUGUCAAGGAAUUUAAAAAAAAAAAAUUUAAAU